AUGUUCCAUGAUGCAGUUCUCGUUUCUUCAGAAUGUGCCGCCUACCACGAAAUAAUCACUGACAGCGACUAUGAAACGCUAGUCGAUGAUUGUGCCGGUAAAAGGGUUCUGGCCUUCGGACAAGAUAGUUCGAAUGAAUUUCAUGCUAGAAUGAUGACUGAAGAAAUGUUUAAUGAUCUAUUCUCGAACGCUCGUAACAUCUCUUUUCAUAUCUUCGUGCUGAACACAGAGUUUCGACAUUUGCAACUACCGAAAUUGGAAUAUCUGAACGGAGGUCUUACAAUACGUAACAACGCCCAGCUGAAAUCGUUCCGGAUUCAUCGGAAAUAUCGUUUUGAUCGUUCAGAAGCAGGACCAGAGACGGUGACGGUGGAUGGUAACCCAAUGCUAGAUGAGAAAAGCAUGGGAGACCUACGCUACCUCUGCCCGUAUUGUGACAUUUUCGAAUGGACAAAAUGCAGCGCUCUAGAUCCAGCUGAAUUCAGAGAUUACAAUAGUCUGGUAGAGAAAUGUGCAGGAGAGAAGAUCAUCAAAGUCAAGCCAAUGAGUUCGAUGACUUUACAUGCCAACAAGCUAUCAGAAGAACAGUUCGAGAGACUAUUCGCUGAGGCUACCCACACCAGAACUGCCAGUGUUUCUUUGACGGAACUGAUGAAACCACGAAUUUCAAAAAAAGUUCAUUUCUUCCCGUCCACGAGAAGAACAGCAGUUCUCGAAGAGAACAGAACAGAAGUUCUCGAAGAAUGCACUGCAUUGCAGCAAGAUCUUGAAAGGGAGUGUCAAGAAGAAAUGAAUCAUCGGAACCGAGAAGCUGCAAUACGUUCCACGAACAAGCAAAACAAUGCACUUAUCAAUGCCGGAAGCUGA